CAACAGUGGAGUUCUACAUUACAUCUAUCAUCAUCUAUAUCAGGCUGUGGAUACAUAGGCCAGAGUUGGAAGGCUGAAUAAGAAGGAUGGGUAUUCUACAGUCAAAAAAGGUGAAACAAAAGGAAAAUCAUCCAUACAAUAAGGAUAUAAAAAAUGGGACCACAAAAGAAGCAGCAGAUAGUCAAGGAGUGGGCCCUACUCAACUUAUUAAUCAUCAAAUGGAACCCAGCAAUAGUAAUGAUGCAAUGACCACAAAGAUGGACCAAGGUCGUACAGUUGAUGCCCCUGAACUUCAGGAUUUAUCUGAAAAUUUAAGCCCUCCAGCACAAGUCCUGCAAAAGACAACACCCACAGUGCCGAUGCAGCAACAGACAGACAGACAGAAGAUGUGUGGCCAUUCUCAGCCUGAGGAAACUAGAAAUUUCACACUAUCACAGCAGAAUCCUGCAGCUAAAAAAACGACAGGGGUAACACUACAGAUGGCAAGGGCUGCUGCACCAUGUGACAAGGGUAUGAGGACUACUAGAGACUCUGUCCAUAGCUCAGCGAUAUUUCCCUCAGUCCAAGUGUCAGCACAGGUGCUCUGCAAAGACACCUUCCCUCAGUUAGAAUGCAGCUCAUGGAGCACAGAGGAGCAAGAGACAGUCACUCAACUUUUUGGCUCUAAAAUGCAAGAAGCUCUGCCUCACAAGUGCAUAGAGAUAGUCAGAAGUGUACCUACAGAAAACCUACACGGCAAAGAAGCAGAGGCACAGACGAAAGCAAAGAUCACCAAAUCACCGAGUCAGAAAUCCAAGUGUGUUCUCUCUAAUAUGAAUGUAGCAUGCCAUGCAACAGACAAGGCUCACAACAUUGAACCGCUAAUCACAACUGCAAAAUCAGGUCUUGCUGAAGAGCAUACCACCAAGCCCGCAGAGUCACUUGACCAUACAACGCAAAUGUCAAAUCAGCCAAACACUCAGGUGAACAAUAAAGAAACUGCAUUACGCAAGCAUUGCUUGAACCAAGACAGCGUCACCAAUGUAUCAGUUGUCUAUCAAUAUUGGGUCAUGGACAAAUCAGAAAGAGGCAGAGCUAACGCUGCCAAAAUAAGGCUAAGGCAGAAACUAGCAAAGCAAUUAAAGGCUCCACCAGGAGAUGGCAGUAGGAGUUCCCAGCAAACAACUGAAGAAACAGUCACCAUUGUGCCAGAGAGUUCACAGCAGCAAAUUUGCACUGCCCUGGAUGAAAACCCAGUCAAGAAACACAAGAACCAACAACUAAUACCUCAACCUAACAAAGCUGACUAUGGAAACACUUCACCUUGCAUGCAAAAAGUCAGCAUGAAAGCUGUAGCACCACAUGUCCCAGUAGUGGAGAAGAUGCCUACAGCUGCCCCAAAUAAUGGUGCCACUCAAAAGGCAGGAACUGAUGCAGACACAAAUGUCAAGUUAAUGCUUCAGUUCGACCUUAAGGUUUCCCAGCCUCAAGAUACUGUUGCUGUUAAGCUAAAUAAAAAAUGCACACCCAUAGCAUUAAAGCAAAACCAGCCUACGAAUAAUACAGGAAGUGUCAUUAUGGAAGAAAAACUGAAUGGGAAAAAUGGUCAGGUUGAAAAACAGGAGCCAGACAUCACCGCUCCAGUGAAUUAUCGACACAAAGUCUGUGGUGAGGGUCGCUGGCCCCAGUUUACUUUGAAUCCAUCCUGUCCCCGCAAGGUGCGCUGUAAACAUAACCCAGGAACAGGUUUGCCGCCUAACGUCCAAAAGUGGAUUGACAACUGCCCAAAUGAAGUGUGAGCCUCUUUGAGUUCACCACCGCAAUACUCGCAGCUUGCUUAACACUGAGACAGAUGGAAGAUGGG